UUUGUAAAAUCUGAUACUUACUUGAGGAUUUGAAAUUUUCAGGCAAUGAAAGAUACUGCUGUUAGGUUCCAACAGGCGGGAAUUCCUAUUGGUGGUAUCGGAGUUCAAGGUCAUAUGCAUGACAUUGAUUUGACCCUAGUUCAGGCUAGGCUGGAUAUAUUAGCAGAGGCAGGAUUACCUAUAGUGAUCACAGAAUUUGCCGUGAACGAACAAAACGAGACACUUAAAGCUGAAAAAUUGGUGGAUUUGAUGACAAUGUUUUAUGGUCACCCCUCGGUGGAUGGUGUUGUAUUCUGGGGAUUCUGGGACGGCCGGAUAUGGGAACCCGAUGCUUAUCUAUUUUCUGGAGAAAAUGUCACCGCAAAUGCUGCCGGCAUCGCUUAUCAGGAAUUGUAUCAUAACACAUGGAGAACACGUGACUUUCAGACACUACUCGGUAGUGAAGAAUAUAGUGUUAGAGGGUUCAAGGGUGACUAUAUGCUAAAAGUGAAACACGACGGAAAGGUCUUAAUGACACAUGAGUUUCAGUUACCCGAUGGAGGAAGCAGUUUAGAAAUUCACUUGAAUGGGACUUCAGGUGGCUCUCCCAGUGUAUCUCAUGUGGUAGCCGGCUGA